GUGUGAACUUUCACUCACCCGCCUCUGUUAACAACCGAAAUUACCAUCUCGAAUCAAGUGGAUAAUGAAGAAUGCAAAAAUAUUAGAGACCUAAACUCGAAGUGGUUGUAUCUUGUGCGUUCCGCGCUCGGUAGGUACUCUGCAGGUCUUCGCAUAUUCCUCCUGCUGCUCGUGUGAUACGCUCCACACUUCAUCUAACGCACCGCAGGAUUUAGAUUUAGGCCGUUUUAACGCAUCGUGGAAGCGUUUUUACAAACAAGUUUUUAGAGGUGUUUAAGCGGUACAAAUGAGGAAGCUGUUCGAAAACUAAAGAGACCAAAAUGUCAUCAUCAUCACCAGAAAAAUUAUUUUACCAACCAGGCAUUGUGGACGACUUGGAAGAAUUAAAAAUCCUUUACAAUUCGCGAAAUUACAAUUUAGUUAGUGAAAAUAAAAUACCAACUUUACCUCCUCUACGUAUUGGACAAAAUCUAUUGUCUAUACCGAGUGCUCCAAACCUUCGCAGGAUCCAUACAUUGGGAAGCCUAUCCAAACUAUCCACAGCGCCCAGUUUGGGAAAAAUAUCCACAACGAAUACUUCAUUGAUUUAUACGUCUGUGCCACUACGACAUGAUAGUUCUCGACGCUCGUUUCGACCAAAUGCCCUAAGAAAAAUGCGAAAACGCGCAGUAUUCAAAAACGGAGACUGCAACAUCCUUCAAUCUCGAAUAUCGAAACGAAGACUCAGAUACCUCCAAGACAUCUUCACGACGUUGGUCGACUCCCAAUGGAGAUGGACACUGACCAUUUUCGCCAUUGGGUUCUUGGGCUCGUGGCUCCUAUUCGCUCUCAUUUGGUGGCUGAUCGUCUUCACACACGGAGACCUCGAAGAAGACCACAUGCCGCCCUUACAAGCCGACGCCAAUUGGUCUCCAUGCGUUCUUAACAUCUACGGCUUCACCUCGUGCUUCCUCUUCUCUAUAGAAACGCAACACACUAUCGGUUAUGGUGUACGUACGACCACCGAGGAAUGCCCCGAAGCCAUAUUCGUCAUGUGCCUGCAAAGUAUAGCAGGCAUGAUAAUUCAAGCGUUUAUGGUGGGCAUUGUAUUCGCCAAGAUGACCCGGCCGAAAUUGAGGACUCAAACGCUCCAAUUCUCCAAACACGCGGUCAUUUGCCAGCGCGACGGCCACCUGUGCUUGAUGUUCAGAGUGGGCGACAUGCGGAAGAGCCACAUCAUUGGGGCGAGCAUUCGGGCGCAACUGAUUCGGGCCAAAACGACCAAGGAAGGAGAAGUGCUGACGAAUUUCCAAACGGAGUUGAACGUCAACGCGGACGGUUGCGAUGGGAAUCUCUUCUUCAUCUGGCCGAUGACCAUCGUUCACAAGAUCGACGAGGAAUCGCCUUUGUACUACCUCACUGCCAGCGAUAUACUGCUGGAGAAAUUCGAAAUAGUGGUGAUUUUGGAAGGGACCAUCGAGAGCACCGGGCAAACGACGCAAGCUAGGUCCAGUUAUUUGGCGAGCGAAGUGUUAUGGGGUCACAGGUUCGAGCCUGUGGUGUGCUACAACAAGGACAGGCAGGGGUACGAGGUGAACUAUUCGAAAUUCGAUAAUACCAUGGCUAUUGAUACGCCUCUGUGUUCGGGAGCUGAUUUGGCGGAGUUUUACAAAAUACAACAUUCUCCUGAAUGGAAUUGGCGGUAUUCGGCCAGUAACUUGUCCCGAAACAACAGUUUCACGUUACAAAGCGCUCCUGUUUCCCGAGCGCCGUCGCAGGAAUUUCUUGUUUACAAGGAAUCGAGCAAGAAAAACCCAAUUAAUUCGCAACAAUCAAAAAAAGAACACGAAAUUUUGACCGAAGGACCGACGAUACGAGAAGUAAAAAAGAAAAUCAGCACCGCCGGCAGAAUGCACUAUGACGUCCUCGAAGAGAAAGACGAGGAGGAGCAUUUAAUUUAAUAAGACUUUAUUAUAAGUAUUGAAAUAUUUUUUAU